AUGGGAUCGAAGGCUGGGUCCGAGCUCGCAUCGGUGUCGUCCGAGGACCUGGACACCUACAUCGCCGAGCUCAUCGUGCAAAAGUCGCGCACCAAGCAAGCAAGCGCCGACCAGCGCGGCAUCGCCUCGUACCUCGAGCCGGACGAUGCAGCGGCAGCACGCGUGCCGAACACGAACAAACGCUUCCUUGCCAGCAUCAUCCGCAAUGUCGAGGGCCACAACAGUGCGCUUAGGCGCCAGCAGCAGCGAUCCGAGCAACGGUCUGCUCCGUCCAGCCGUGCGGAAAGAUCCGGAUCGUCAAAGAUGCGAGGCUGGUCAGAUGACGAACGCGAUCCUGAAGAGAAAGCCCGCUCUGGUAGAUCGGAUGUACAGCUGGAGAGGUUCGGGGAAGAAAUGUCGAGCAAGAUGGACAAGUACUUUGAAGAGCCCGAUCCGGAUUUGGAGUCAAGGCAGAGGCAGCGACGGUCGGAACGGAAAGAAGACAGGCAGUCGAGUAGCAACAAGCGACGACACGACAAAGAACGCGCUUCAGCGCGAGAUGGACACGGCCACAGCUCUCACCGCUCCCUUCGGUCCAGCCGAUCCGAACGAUCGGAGCGAUCGGAGCAAUCCAGGGGCGGCCGCUCGCAUCCAGACGACGGCGCAUCCGACGACGACCACCGCCACCACAGACGCAGCCACACCAGCCGGCGCUCGAGCGACCGCAAGUCGGAACACAAGUCGCGCUCACGCAAGUGGUCUGCCUCCCCACCACCAGCACCGUCACCGCCCAAAGUGCGCGAAUGGGAUCUUGGCAAGUAA